UAAAGUCCCACGUCAGUUGCCAACCUUGUGGUCUAAACACACCCUGCGUUUGCGAAGGCACCACCUCCUCCUCCGCCUCUUCUCUCUCCUCCCCCUGCGUUCUCCCUCACUUCCUCGCUGCCUCCGACGGGUGAGGAACCCUCUCUCUCGCACAAUAACUUUUAUGGGUCAGCCGAGGAUUAGACUUUCAAACCCUUUUAUCAUGUUAUCAUGUUAAUUACUCGUACACACGCAUUGGAAAGCAAUGGCAAAAGCUUGGAGCCCUUCAUGCAUACAACGCUCGUCUUUUGCUUUCCUUUGCUCACUCAGUACAGUUUGGUUUUCGUACUGGGUCUGUGCUCAUUCGCUUUUUGUUUAACAUAAGGAAUUUGUUGCGAUGUUUCGAGCCCCUUGGGAAAGGAGAAGAAGACUAGAAUGAGAAAGAGUAUACUUGUGCGAUGGCGGCAACAAUCAAGCGGUUCUCUCGUGCUCUGAAAAGAAAGAAAACUCAAGCAUCUGGGGAGAUAUCAAUUGUGCAUCAGCAGUAAUGUUUAGAAGAAACAACAUUGCUUCAAGGAUUUUUCAGCGCCAAAUCUACACUCCUGCUCCCGGAACUAGUGUUUAUUGCGCUAGGCGAUUUUAUGAAAAUUUAGUCCCAAGUUGUACCAUUUAUGAUGUUGAAUGCCCAGACCAAUCAUUCCGCAAAUUUACUGAUGAUGGGCAAUACCUAAUAAGUUUCAGCAGAAAUCAACAAGAUCUGGUUGUUUACAGACCAACAUGGCUUUCAUUUUCAUGCAAAGAAGAAGAUUGUGAUGCUCAUGAUCUCCCUCCAAAAGCAAAGAGAUUUGAAAGUUUCUUCACUCAUUUAUAUAGUGUGUCGCUUGCUUCCUGCAAUGAGCUCAUAUGCAAAGACUUCUUCCUUUACAUGGAGAGUAACCAAUAUGGAAUAUUUGCUACUUCUACGCCACCAAUUCAUGAUGCAGCUGCUAAUGGUGGUGCAACUCAGGGUGUCCCGUAUAUAGAAAAGUUGACAUUCCAUUUAAUAAGGUUGGAAGAUGGAGUCAUACUGGACGCGAAGGUCUUUCACAAUGAUUUUGUUAAUCUGACCCAUAACAUGGGCGUCUUCUUGUAUGAUGAUUUAUUGGCAAUUGCGUCACUUCGCAAUCAAACAAUACAUAUUAUCCAAAUUAGAGACUCUGGGAACCUUGUAGAUGUACGAGCUAUUGGGGCAUUUUGUCGUGAAGAUGAUGAACUUUUUCUCAAUUCAAAUGCUCAGUGCAUGGCAUUUCCUGACAAAAGUAAACUGCAUCAGUUGCCUGGGAAUAAUGUUCAGAAUGGUACACAUCUUAGCCAACCUAAUCAAGAAGAUUCUCUCCUGAGUGGCAUCAAACAACGCCUUCUUUCAUUCAUAUUCCAAGGAAUAUCAAAUGAAGAAAAAGACCCAGCCUUGAGAGCCCAGUGGUUGAAGAAGAAGUUUUACUUUCAUUUUCAAGAUUAUGUGGACUUGAUUAUCUGGAAGGUUCAAUUCUUGGACCGGCAGCACCUGCUGAUCAAGUUUGGUAGUGUGGAUGGCGGGGUGUCACGAAAUGCCGAUCAACACCCAGCUUUUUUAGCAGUAUAUAACAUGGAGACAACUGAAAUUGUUGCAUUUUAUCAGAAUUCUGCGGAGGAGCUUUAUCUCUUGUUUGAGCGUUUCUGUGACCACUUCCACACGGCAUCUAAAAAUUCUGUGUAUAUGAAUUUCAUAUCAUCUCACUCAAAUAACAUUCAUGCUCUGGAGCAAAUAAGAUCCGUAAAAAAUAAAGCAAGUUCCCAGUUUAUGAAAAAGAUGCUGGGAUCUUUGCCUUACAGUUGUCAGUCACUGAGUCCUUCUCCCUAUUUUGACCAAUCUCUCUUUCGGUUUGACGAAAAGCUGAUUUCUGCAAGCGACCGGCCUAGACAGUCAACAGACCAUCCCAUCAAGUUCAUUUUAAGAAGGCAACCAUGUUCCCUCAAAUUUAAGAUCAAACUAGGUCCUGAAGCAGGCAGUGCGGAUGGUCGGACAAAAAAGAUCGCAUCAUUCUUGUUCCAUCCAUUUUUACCUCUGGCACUCUCUGUUCAGCAGACUUUGUUCUUGCAGCCAUCAGUAGUGAAUAUUCAUUUCCGGGGAUGAAGUAAACAAGCCCUUGGGCGAGAUUGUAGAUUUGAUUGAGAAAAAAGUGUAUAUUUAUUCGGAAAGGAUACAAAUGAUAUAUUUACACUUGAGGUGGGAGUUGCAUGCUCCAACUCCAUGCACUGUCCACUGAAACAUCCACAACACAACCUAUUCGACUGCUUUCUUGUUUUUAGCAUUUAAACACAAUCUCUAUGUUUAAAAUA